AUGUCUGUAAUGGUAGUGAUAGUUGGUCUUCUUUCUUUAUUGGUAAUUAAACAAGUUAUUGCAGUGGAAGUUUUCAUUGAAGGAGAAAACAACAAAAACGUCAUCAAUUCAAGAUCAGAAGCGUCGAAUCAACAGACUCUGCAAUUAAGCGAGGAUGACAAAGCAACGUAUGAAUUCUGUCUGACGGAAAGUGCCCUAGUAAAAGUUAAGAAUAUUAGAUAUUCAAACGAUGGAGGUACAGAUAGAAUAGAUGUCAUCGUUAAUGACGAUACCAUCGGCAGUUUCCAGACAACAGGAGAGGCAAAUAAUGGACAGAAUUGGAACGUGUUUCGAUCAUCUGGUGAGGUCGGACAGAGUCAGAUGAAUUCUGGAAGACAUAAAUUAUACGUCAAAGUUGACACUGCUGAUCAGUAUGGUGUUGAGAUUGAUAACAUACAGUUAGAAGUUAACAAUAACGAUGACCAAGACACCAUCAAUUGUCGUUACAAAUCUAUAUCCAUUGAGGGAGAAGCCGUCCAGGGACAAUAUGAGAUCAAUUCCCGAUCAGAAGCAUCUAACUCACAAGUUCUUAAACUGAGCAAUGGGGACGUAGCAUCCUUCACAUUUUGUGUUCCUGCAACUACACGUGUUGUUCUUGAUAACAUCCGUAGCUCCAAUGAUGGUGAGUCAGAUACCAUGGAAGUCAGAUUGGACGAUGAGGUACUUGGUACUUUCCAAUCUAUAAGCGGAUCAAAUGGUGGACACAAUUGGAACGUGUUUUAUAGAUCAGGACGAAUUGGAACGGAGCAGACUCUGCAAAAAGGUGAACACACUGUGACCAUCACGGUUUCAGCUGAUACCUAUGGGGUGGAAAUAGAUGUGCUACAAUUUAGUAUGCUUGGAACAGACAUAAACCAAAACGAUGUUGUUAAUUGUAAUUAUAAUAAUUGA